ACUACACUAAAAAUUUGUUCAAGCUUCAAACAAGUGUGAACAACAACCACUAGUAAACCUCUAGGCAACAAAUUGCUUUAUCACAACACACACCAAAAUCCACACAACUCGCCCUGAAAUAUCCAAUCACCAAAUCCUAAUAGGAGUACAAACCAACACAAAACCCAUAUUCUUCUUUUUCUUCAUUCAUCAAUGGCGAUGGCGACUCAAUCGCCAUUUCUCUUCAAUCCAACUUCAAAACCCAUCAGUUUUUUCACUCCUUCCAAUCUCAAUUUGAAAACUUAUCUCCCCACAAUUACCUGUAAUGCUUCAAUCAAACCUCCACCACCCGAAUUCGACUUCCGUUCUUCUCAAAUUUCUUCUCUUUCUCGUUCCACAAUUUCAGAAAUUUACCCUGAAUUGUUGGAUUUAGCUGAUAUGGGUUGUUUAGUCUUGGUCCAGAAACAUCAAUUCGGGCCUGUACCCGCUUGGAGGUCGGAAUUUGUGGAGCCUGAUGAGAUAUGGUUGGUGGGUACUACUCAUAUUGAUCAAGCUUCCUCUUUGCAUGUUGAUCGAGUUGUUCGAACUCUACAACCUGAUAAUGUUGUUGUUGAACUUUGCCGCAGCAGAGCUGGGAUCAUGUACACUUCAAGCAGCAGUCAGCCAGGAAAUCAACUGAGCUCGAGUAUGUUUUCCUUAAGCGGUGCAGAAUUUUUUGGUGCAGUUGGCCGUAGCAUAAACUUGGGGGGGCAAACGGCACUGGCACUAAGGCUAUUGUUGGCUGUCUUCUCAUCAAAGAUUUCUUCAGAUGUUGAUCGACCUUUUGGAGACGAGUUUCGUGUUGCUCGGAUAGUUUCUGAAGAAAUCGGUGCUCAAAUAGUGUUGGGGGAUCGACCCAUUGAAAUUACUCUCGAGAGGGCAUGGGACUCACUGAAAUGGGCCGAAAGAAUUAGCUUAGUUGGUUCAGUCAUCCGUGGAAUCACUUCCACAUCAGCUGCUUCCAGAGACAAUGUGAAGGAAUUGGGUACUGAUGAUAACCCGUAUCAGCUUUAUGAAAAACUAAGCUCCGCUUAUCCUUCCCUUGUACAGCCACUUAUACUCGAGCGCGACACGUACCUAGCAUGGUCUCUGAAACGGAGCAAAGCUGUAAAUAACUGUAAGAGAGUGGUAGGAGUAAUCGGAAAAGGCCACUUGAAUGGAGUGAUAUAUGCACUUGUUUCGGACCUAGGAGAUCUACGCUUUCGAGACUUAGCCGGGAAACGAGCUGGUGCUGAUAUUCCUAAUGCUUGGAUCGGUAAAGUUCUUAAAGAUUUGGCUAGGGAUACACUAAUUGGGAUUAUUCUUUGGGCAUUGUAUGAGCAACUAAAAUCUAGCUUUUGAUGAGUUGCAGAUUUUACUCAUUUAGUGAUCCAAUUUUUUGACUAAGGUGACUUGUAUAUGUAUAAUUCUAGAGCUUUAUAGUAAUUGAUAUUGUUUUUUAUGGCUAAUGUAAUAAUUUAAUAGAAGUAAUUCAUGUCAUUGAAACUUUUUUGUAUGGAUUUUUAUUUUGAAUAUCAUCCAUAAAUUUUUUAUUUUGAAGUGAA